AUGGCAAUGUACAGUAAUAUAACAUAUUAUGCUGAACAGUGGCAGAAGAUAUCUGGGAAUAUUAGUCAACAGAUUUAUAUUUUACAGAGUGGAGACCUUGCUGUAAUAGACACGGAGGAAAUUUCAAAAUUGUAUCAAGUAUUCUCAUUUCUGGACAAUAUGGCCUGCACUUGGCUAAACCUGGUGAAAGAUGUAGAUAUGAACAUGUUCACUAGCUUCAGUACUGAGGAUGAACUAGAAUAUUAUUUCUUAAACAGACAGUUCCAGGAUAAUGUCACCGUUGUGGCAGGGCUGGUUUUCGAGAAGUUAAAUGAUCCCAUGUACACACUACCGUGGCAUGUCCACUAUAAGAUCAGACAAAACGCAACAUUAAAUCCGGAAACCAACAUAAUUAGACCACCAUUCUGGUACCUGAGCAGUGGUUCAAAUAAUUUACUCUACUAUGACUUUGGUUUUGUGUGGAUACAGGUGAAAGAUAUUUAUUUUGUCAUAGUUUUUAACCUAAACUGUGCGCAAUUCAUGUUAAAAACAUACAUUGCUACUGAUUGA